AUGGAAGAUUCCAGGUCUUCCCCAAAACGAAUUGAAGGUCCAGAUGGUCGAAACUUGCAGCUGCACUUCAGCACUGGCCAACUUGUAAUAUCUAGACCUGAAGUCUCUGUGAAACUUGAUGUUGUUGUGGUUGAAGGUGAUUUUAACAAUGAAGAUGAAGAAGGUUGGACCCAAGAAGAAUUUGAAAGUCAUGUAGUGAAGGAACGUGAAGGAAAAAGACCUUUGUUGCAUGGAGAUCUUCAGCUGACCCUCAAGGAUGGGGACCUUAUAUUUACUGAUAACUCUAGUUGGAUAAGAAGCAGGAAGUUCAGACUUGGAUUAAAGGUUGCCUCGGGUUUUUGUGAGGGUAUACACAUACGUGAAGCAAAGACUGAAGCUUUUACUGUUAAAGAUCACAGAGGGGAAUUAUACAAGAAACACUAUCCACCAGCAUUGAACGAUGAGGUGUGGAGAUUGGACAAGAUUGGCAAGGAUGAAUCAUUCCACAAGACGCUUACUAGAGCAGGAAUACUCACAGUUGAAGACUUUAUCACCUAUUAUAAUGCCAUACUUUAUCUUUAUCAGAAAAUAAUUAAAAAGUACAACUUGAGAGAGAAGGGACACUCACAAUAUCAGAGUUAUGCUUUGGGAAUUAAAGAGGUCUGGGAAAUUGAUGAGAGCAAACAUCAUCCUGGUUUUGUACUUCACACAUUGGGUUGGCCUUUGGAUCAAAAGAGAUAUGGAGGAUCGUUUAUGUACCACAUGAAUGAUAGACAGGUUUCCAUUGGUCUAGUAGUUGCUUUGAAUUAUCGCAAUCCUUUUUGAACCCUUAUGAGGAGU